CCAGGCUUAAACCAAGCGCCUUGAGAAGGAGCUUGAUAAGUCGGAAGAUUUCUCAUAUUUCUUGGCAAAGAAGAGUAUAUAACAAUGAAGAAAUUGCCUUCUCCAGACUCAGAUAACUGUUUGCCUCAAAGGAGCCGAGUUGCUACCGAGACGGAGGGUGGUGCCGGGCCAAGCUUGGCCGUCUGCUGCGGCGGCUGCUUGGAGGAAAACAAGGUGUGCAAGUGUGGCGCCAUCCAUGGCGGCGGCGGCGGCAUUGUUGAGGAAAAAGCUUUUGGGAAUACUGUGAACGCUAAUAGCUCUUUUGUUCAUGCUGUCAUCAACAUGAGUGGAAUGCUCAUAGGUCUGGGGCAACUGUCAACCCCAUAUGCCCUGCAAAAGGGGGGCUGGACCUCUGCAUUUCUGCUUGUGGGCCUGGGCAUAGCAUGCACUUACAGCUCCCAUCUUCUCGGAAAAUGCCUGGACAAGUACCCAGAGCUGAUGAACUACGCAGAUAUAGGGCGCCAUGCCUUUGGAGCGAAGGGCAGAGUUCUAGCAGCGUCCUUCAUCUACCUGGAGAUUUUCAUGGCCCUAGUUUCCUACACCAUCUCACUUCAUGACAACUUGAACACUGUGUUCUUGGGGGCUCACCUGAAGCUGCCGGCCACCGGCCUUUCAACCUCUCAGCUGCUAACUGUGAUAGCCGUACUGGUGGCGCUGCCCAGCCUGUGGCUGAGAGAUCUCUCUUCCAUCUCCUUCCUUUCGACCGGCGGCAUCCUCAUGUCACUCCUCAUUUUCACAACGGUGGUCGGAACUGCCAUUUUUGGAGGUGUGGGAACAGACCAGAGGAUCCCUGUUCUUCAACUCCACAACAUUCCGGCCAUAUCUGGCCUUUAUUUCUUCAGCUACGCUGGCCAUAUUGUUUUUCCUAACAUUCACAAAGAAAUGAAGGACCCCUCCAGGUUCACCAAGGUAUCAAUAGUGAGCUUCUCACUGGUGACAAUGCUUUACACGGCCUUAGCUUUCAUGGGAGCCAAAAUGUUUGGGCCAGAAGUGAGUUCCCAGAUCACUCUGAGCAUGCCCAGACACCUCGUGACCACAAAGAUUGCACUCUGGGCAACAGUGCUGACACCAAUGACAAAAUACGCAUUGGAAUUCGCGCCAUUCGCGAUCCAACUAGAGCGAAACCUGGAGGACCAUGCCGUGAAAUCCAGGACAAGGAUGAUCGUAAGGGGCGUUGUGGGUUCCUUCUUGCUGCUGGUGAUACUGGUGCUGGCGCUUUCUGUGCCGUACUUUGAGUGUGUUCUUGGCCUCACCGGCUCCCUUGUGAGUGCCGCAAUUUGCCUCAUCUUUCCCUGUGCCUUCUACAUCAAGCUCUUUCGGCCCCAGAUUUCGAAACCUGGCUUGAUUUUGAAUCUGGUUUUGAUUGGUGUUGGUUGCUUUCUUGGGGCGUCUGGAACCAUUUAUUCUUCCAAGAUGCUUAUAAGCAACCUGCAUAGAGCCCACUGAGAUCACAGUAUGAAAUAUAUGUAUACAUAUUUUAUUAUUGAUCUUCAUCCAAAAAUAACAAAGUACGGAUGGUUUCAUAUAUGUUGUGUUACAGUCACAGACCAAAGAUCUUUUAGGCCUUUUUAAUUUCCUGUACUUUACAAUGGGUCACCCAUGAAUAAUUACCCAUGUGGGUGCUAUUGUAAUGAGCUAGAUUUCUACUAAUUAAAGGCAUAUCAUAAAAGAUUUUUGUUUUUGGUUAUAUAUCACUUCUAGUUGAAUGACUC